AUGCUCUGCAUAUAUAACUUGCAGCUAACACAAACACACCACUUCUUUCACUCGAAGAAGGGAGUCCCAUUUGCUGACUACCAAGGUAUCUGCAACUGGUUGACUAGGUUGGUGCAAAUAGAGAAUGGAAAGCAACUCACAUGCAAUAGGAACUUUAUAGCACCACUGUGCGAGCUGUGCUGUGCAAGUUCUUUGCAGAUUGGCUCUCUAAUGCAUGCCUUUGACUCAGUCAAAUCUGCUCUCAGAGUUCUCGAAGAAUCUGUUGCUCUCAACUGUGAGGAAGAAACAACAAAGAGCUGCAUCCAGUACUUGGAGGCUGUUCCGUGGGACGACAGUGAAGAGGAAGAAAUCGUCAAAGUAGCCUCCAGGCUUGGCCCAAUAGCCAUGCCUAUCGUCGCCAGAAUAAGUCCAGUGGACCUAACCGCUACAAGGAACGUCUUCCUCUCCGCGCUCCGCUUCGCCACAUCAUCUCCUGGUGGAGAAGGGUCAGGCCUUCCCUUUGGCGAUGAACUCAGAACUUCGGCACAAGAACAAAUUGAAUACAUGUUGGGAGAGGAUGAAGAGACUCCAUUAGUCACAGCCGACGACGAAGUGAGAUCGGUUGCCAGAGCAGGCCUUGCCCAGAUCUUCUCCUCGUUCCAAACCAUCAUAUCUUGUUCCUUAUCAGAAACAACAGAGACCGAAGCGUUGCAUAUUGUCUCUGAUCUCGUGUGGAUGUGCAACGUACUCCCGAAGAUGGACAUGAUGAAGGACUUUGUCGUGAGAUGGACUGAAGCAUCUAUUGUUGAGAUCAUCGAAGACAAUAGAUUCGAGUCGAUUGUAUGGGGCUUGAAAGUGAAGGUAAUCGAAGUGACAGUUAAAGUACUCGAGGCAGUUGGGUAUGGAACCGUGAUUCUGCAACCAACAUUGCGUGUGCAGUUGUUGAGGACGUGGCUGCCUUACAUAAGAAAACUGAAGCCGAUCUUAGAUGCAAAGGCUGAGCAGGACCCGAGUUUUGGACACAGGAUGGACGAGGAUCUGUGCCAGAACAUAGAAGGGGCGAUCGUGUCUCUAAUACUGGCACUGCCAUCGAACGAUCAGGGUGAGAUUCUGGCGGGCUGGAUGAGUGGGGAGCAGGUUAAGUUUCCCGAUUUGAGCGAGGCGUUUGAGGUCUGGUGCUAUAGAACCAAAUCGGCGAAGAGAAGGUUGGUGGAAGGUGGCUUGGACAGAGUUGGCAAUGGCAAUGGUAGAAUAGAGACGACUGAAAUGCGGGACAUGACUAUGAUCCCGUCGGCCAUGGUGUUGAUUGCAGACACAGACAGGAAGGAAUCUCUUGCAGUGAAGGGUUCGAGGAAGUAA